UCUUGGGAAACCAAAAUGAGACACAAUCAAAUGAAUUGUGAGACGCCACCUACUGUCACUGUCCACGUAAAACCAGGGCCAAAUAGAGCACAUCAGCCUAAAAAAGGCAUUAAUCUGAAGCGUCCUAUGUUAAAAGAUAGUUGGCAAGCUUCUGAAAAAAAUGCACAUAAUAACAACAAAUCUAAACGUCCCAAAGGACCUUGCCUAGUGAUACAGCGUCAGGAAAUGACUGCUUUCUUUAAAUUAUUUGAUGAUGAUUUAAUUCAAGAUUUCUUGUGGAUGGACUGCUGCUGUAAAAUUGCAGACAAGUAUCUUUUGGCGAUGACCUUUGUUUAUUUCAAGAGGGCUAAAUUUACUAUAAAUGAACAUACCAGAAUGAAUUUCUUUAUUGCUUUGUACCUGGCUAACACUGUGGAAGAAGAUGAGGAGGAGUCCAAGUAUGAGAUUUUCCCAUGGGCUUUAGGGAAAAACUGGAGAAAACUAUUCCCUAAUUUCCUAAAGUUAAGGGACCAGCUCUGGGACAGAAUUGAAUAUAGGGCUAUUGUGAGCAGGCGAUGCUGUGAGGAGGUUAUGGCCAUUGCACCAACCCAUUACAUCUGGCAACGAGAACGUUCUGUGCAUCACAGUGGAGCUGUCAGAAGCUACAACCGACAUGAAGUUCAACUGCCCCGAGGACCUAGUGCCACGCCAGCGGAUUGUUCACUCUGUGGUAGAAGAGGGAGAUAUGUUAGACUAGGAUUGUCUUCAGCAUCAUCUUCACCCAGUGAUACAGCCGAGUUGGAGCCACACAACUCAUUUUCAAUGAAUAUAACAGCUAAUCCUUUUCAAGCAUAUGCAUAUUUUAUUUCCGUAGCCAAUGAUCAUCCAUCAAACAAAGAAAAUGAAAUGAAUUUGAUGAAGGAAGACAGAACUAUGCAGUGGUUUACAGGAAGUGAAGAAUGAAAUGGCUCAACUUAGGCAGUUUGGAGUCACCACUACAAAACGUCAGACUAACUGCGAGACAAGUGUCAAAAACGACAUUUAGAGCAGUUUUGCAGUAUUACACAUAUUUAGCUUUUGUUAUUUUUUCGAAAUUAUUCAUAAAAGUUAAACCAUAGUAAUAGCUAAAAAUAACAAUCUAUGAAAGUAGUUUUCAUCUAUGAAAAUUUUAUUUCAUUAUGUCUCCAUGUUAAAAUUAGCUGCUGUCUUCUGGUGCACUCAAGCAAGGUGUGGUUGGAACUUCCUCAACUUGACAAGAAAAGCUAAUUCAAUGAAGAGAAAAACUUAGGUUAUUAUAUUGAUUAGAAAACACCAUUUGAAAUGGCUUAAAAACUGUUCACCUCUGUGACCAGUCUGCCAGUGUGGAAGUCUAGCAAAACAGGGAAAUGAUCCAUAUGGAAAGUGACAAUAGGAUUCUUCUGUGUAGAACAAAAUAUGUGCUAUAAAUUAUAAGUUUACAAAACUAUUAAAAUAUAAAAUUUCUAUAAAUACAAAAUACAAACUACUGUCUCUCUGCUGUAGGUUUUUUUUCCUCUUUUUUAUUAGCACUUGUUUUCAAGCUAU